AUGUCCAAACGAACCCUCGACGCCUUCUUCAGCACAGCCAGCAAACGUACAAAGCCAGCAUCCUCACAGAAUGACCCUCCAACAGCACCCAGCAAGCAUGAAACCUACCCCUUCCCAAUCGCGUCCCUCCCAGCAAAUCUUCAACUCGCGCUCAACGAAACACCUGCAGGGAAAGCACGCGUCAUGAACGACCGGCCCGAUCUAGACUGCCUCUACUUCCAGCCGUAUAUUCCGCGGGGGACGGCGAAUGAGCUAUUCCGCUUUCUACGUGCUGAAAUUCCUUUUUAUCGCGUUGUGUAUUUUGCGAAACGGGGUGGGGUUGAUGUGCAGAUUAACACGCCGCGGUAUACGACGGUUUUUGGGGUUGAUGAGAGUGCUUUUUUUGCUGAGGCUCCGUCCGUCGAUUCUGAGAAUGGCGAGGGGUAUGCUGCUGCAACCCCAACCGCGAAGACAGCAAAACCUGGUGAAGAGAAGAGCACAAAUUCUCAACCCAAGCACUCAGAAAAAACAUCAUACAAGUCCCAAAACACCCACGAUUCAGAAAAGGAGUACAAAACCAACAACCUGCGUCUCUAUAACAAAAAAGACAAUACCCCCAUCCAACCCGGAAAAUACGGGCACUCCCCCCGCCCAAUCCCCGCCUGCCUGCACACCCUCAAAAAAUCAAUCGAAAUCGCUACAAAAACCACUUACAACUUUGUGCUCGUAAACUACUACACAAACGGGAACGACAGCAUCGCCUUCCACUCCGACGACGAGCGGUUCCUCGGCCACGAGCCGAGCAUCGCGUCGCUGUCGCUGGGGGCUGAGAGGGAGUUUCUUCUUAAGCAUAAACCUCAGCCUGCGCCCUGGAAUCCAGCUACAGUGGAGAAGACGAAGCAAUCUCCAACUGACAUGAUUAAAUUACUUCUUGGAUCUGGCGAUAUGAUCCUCAUGCGCGGAUCGACACAGUCGAACUGGUUGCAUUCUAUUCCGAAGCGGAAAGGGAAGGUUCCUGUUGGUGGGAGGAUUAAUAUUACGUUUCGACGGGCUGUCGUCCCGGCUGGGACGGAUAAUUAUUAUCAUUAUAAUGUUGGGAGUGGAGGUGUGUGGAGGUGGGAUGCUGUUAAGGGGGAGAUGGUUGAGAUUGCGUCUAGGAAGGAUGAAGAUAAGGGAAAAGGGUAG